UGAGCACCGAAUAAUGCGGACGAAGGGAAGGGGGCUCAGUGCUAGAGAGGCAACGCUUCCCAAGGCGCAGUAGCAGAAUACUUAGGACUAAGAUGCAUCCUACGAUACCUUAGUCCCAGAUUCCCCGCCAAAUGUGCAGCCACCACAGAGCUAGACCGGGAUCCCCGGAGAUGAUCUGUCAGCCUCUUCGUUUGCCGGCGGUCGCCAUGUUCUUCUCCGCAUUCUUUUUGCCAUUUAUUGCGGCUGGAGUCGUGGCCUGUGGAAAAUGUCGGAAAUCGUUCGACACCACCACUGCCAUGCGAGCGCACUUUGAUCGUAACAACGCUUGCAUCCACACGCCAGCGCAAUGGCCACCGCGAGAAGUGCAGAGGCUGUCUCACAGUGCGGUCGGUGGAGUAGGGGGACACGUUGGGCUACGGCAUGCGCCUGCUACUGUCGGAAGUCGUGGUGUGGAUCGUCGCCCGAGGCUCGAGGAUAAUGGGGCUGUGCCGUGCAAUCCGCCGACUGUCCCCACGGCGUUUGAACAGCCCGAUGCCCUUCACGACUCUGGAGGUGGGGGAAGCGGAGGUGAGGGAAGCGGAGGUGCAGGUGGCGCACGUGUUGCGCCACCGUUGAACACAACAUAUGCAGAGGUCGCCUCUGACGUAGCGGACGAAGCAUCAGCGCUCCCCGCCUUCGACACUCGCAGAGAGGUCUUCAAUUUUUUGAAGGAGUUUCGUAAUGGGGUUGGCAUGACGCAAGCCGAGGCUAAGCGCUUUUUCAGACUGAUUAAUCACCCUCUCUUUGAUAAGGCGGAGAUUUCACAGUGGAAGGGGAUGCGGGAUGUCGAGCGUUACGCCUGCGAGGUGCUAGGCAAGCAUCAUGGAACCUGGCGAAAGGAGCGGGUGUUUGUGGAAGGGAUGACGGAGGCCGUUGAGCUUGAAUACUGCGAUACCCUGGAGGCGCUCAAAGAUAUGUUCGGGAAUCCUCAGAACAGUGGUGGUUUCAAACUCCAUCCUGAGACGGCGUACACAGAGGGCAGCAAGCGCAUAUUUGGCCGCCCAGAGACGGGCAUGUGGUGGGAGGCCGCCCAGGCCGCAUUACCAAGCCGUGACGACGUUGUGGCCGCGUUGAUCGCCUCUAGCGACGUGACGCACCUGAGCCACAACGGUCGGCAAAAGGUCUGGCCCCUCCAAAUAUCUCUGGCGAAUAUCCCGCGAGAGGCUCGUUGGAAGAUGAGUGCUCGAGCCAUGGUCGCCUUGCUGCCUCUGCCCGACACGGAUCUGCCAUCGGAGGUUAAGACCCGGCUCUUCCACGCGUGCUUGGACAUUGUGUUCGCACCUCUUGUCAAAGCUUCAAAGUCGUCCAUUGCCAUCACCGACCCAUUUGGCGUGACUCAGCGGGUGUUCCCGCUGAUGUACGCUUACGUCGGUGACUACCCUGAGACGUGCAGGGUCACAGGGACGAUGCAGCAUGGCUGCAAGAUGCCAUGCUCGCUAUGCCAAGUCCCUGCAGAGCUGCUUGAUUGCUUGGACCGCAAGUUUCCUUGGCGCACCAUGUUUGAGCAGCAGCAAGCGCUCGCUUCGAAGGAGCGAGCGAGGAACAUGGGGACGCACAAUGUCGAGAAUGUGUUUUGGAAGUGGAACCACGCCAAGACGGAAUGGGGCAACCCAUACCAGAUUGUUGUCCCAGAUGUGCUGCAUGCCGUUGACAUUGGCAUCUGGAAGCACAUUUUGCACCAACUUGUGGCUUCGUGUGGCGCCUCGGUGUUGGUAGAGUUCGAUCGGCGUCAUGAGGUGCUUUACAAGGAGGCUCGAGCUGCGGGCCUGAAGCUGCCCAAACCUGGGAAAUACUUUCAAACGGCUGGCUGCGGCUAUUCAGCAUCCGAACACCGUGCGAUGAUGCAAGUAACAUUAUUUAUCUUGCACGGAAAAGUUCUGGACACGGUGCUAGACUUGGUGCAAUCGUUUCUGUCUUGGUACACCCUGUGUUUCAGACGCCCGCACCACACCCGCGAGACCUUGAAGGAUGUGGUCAUUCGUUCCCAAAACCUCAUUGCCAUGUGCAAGCGGGUUUUUGCCUUUCAGAAGUCGCACUGGAAACUAGUGAAGAUGCAUCUCAUCUCUCACUUUCCGUGGGCCAUCAUGAGCCGUGGCAUUCCGGAGGAGUAUUCUACCAACACGUACGAACACAGUCACACCUCUCUUGUAAAGCGCCCAUACCGGCUUUCCAACCGUCGCCAAAUCAACAGCACCAUCAUUGCUGUCGACGAAGUGCGUCGCUGGAUGCGGGCACUUCCCUCUGCUCUUCAGGACGACACCAAGUAUCUGUCCGCCAUGAAACUGGCAAUGGAAACCGGAAGGCGGACGCUCACCAAAGCAUCCAGCGCAAUGGUGCUUGAGCUGGCUGCGGGGCACAAGCGCGUCGUGGAUGACCCAUGGGAGAAGUACAACCAAGAACUGGAGGGCGCCAUGAGUUUCCUCCCAGCGGCAGCAGCGGUUGCUGGUGUCGAGGCCCAGUGCCUGCAGGUCCACUCAGCGCUGGCGAUUCCUGCAGGUGACCCACAUCUCGGGGAGCCAGUGGAGAACGAGUGGGCCAGAGCCACUCCCAGCUUUCACGGCAAGCCCUGCUUUUCGCACGUGUGGGCCGAGCAUGGCGGUGGUCCAGUGCUUGGGAAAGUUCUGCUUUUUUUCCACGCUUCGGGAGCACCGCAUGCUGGUUAUGCAUUCAUGCGGCUGCUGCAGGUGUCCGGCACAGAUGAUUGCACUGGCCUCGACCGGUUCAGCUUCUCGGCUGACGGGGCGGCACCAGCCGGCUUCGCCGUGGUUCCUCUUGGGAAUGUCAAGCGAGUUGCCCAUGUUGUGAGGUCUUUUAAGGAGCCCUCAGAGUGGCUCCUCAACGCCUAUGUGUUCUAGUUUCGACGUGAAACCCUGAUCACAUAGCAUGUGCCGCCUUUGAUGGCGGCUGCAGUCAAAGGCCCAAUCUGCUGGCACCUGACGUGUAAACCCUCGAUUCAAAUUCCAACACACUGGAACAAGGCAGUCGCUGCUUAGUGCCCUUUGUGGCCUUGUGUGGCUAUGGCAAGUCCCUCCUACGCUGUCCACGUCUCUCUGUACAUGAUAAACAAUUGGUUUCUGUUUUUAAAUUCUGGAUCCCAUGUACCCGGGCCACGUGUCUUACAUCACAAAAUUUGUGGCCCCAGAAUCAUGCCCCCCAACGUAGGAUACUUUGUGGAAUGCCAUGGGUGCACUGUGCGAAGUGUUCCGCAACAUGCACCGAGCUAUGUUACCAGGGCGGGGAUCUGGGGACCGACUUUGUCCAGAGUUCCACGAAAGCGCACAGCAGUGUCGUAACAGCGUAGAGGCGGGGUGGGCUUUUAGAGUGAUAUGUUACAUGAUUUAGGGUAGAGCUAUAUGGUUGAGGUAAA